AUGGCUGACAUACAUCCUAUCGUCCCAUAUCCGUCGCCGGAGCCCAGCGAGAUGGACAUUUCUCCUAUCUCGAAGCCGGACUGCAAUUAUGGAGGAAACAACUCAACCACAGUCAUGUUGCCCGAUCUUUUCGUGUCGAUCAUGUCACCAUCUCCUCGAUUAAAUCCCUUCUAUGAAUCGGUCAGGCCCGCUGCGAAUGAGUGGACAAAAAGACUACUCAAGCUAGACGCAAAGUCUUAUGCCAAGCAUCAAAGAGUCAACUUCAGCAAAUUAGCUUCCAUGUGGAUGCCAGAAGCUGAUGAGGAGGGUCUCCGCGUGAUGGUGGACUGGUUGACUUGGGUGUUCUAUUUUGAUGAUUUAUUUGACGAUGGCGAUCUACGUGAUAAUCCUGCUGCAGCUCAAGCCGAGGCGGAAGCAACAUUGAGCUUGAUGUCCGAUGUCGACCAUGAAGUCUCACCAGAGCUACAUCCACUACGAUAUAUGUUCCACACCACCUGGGUGCGGUUUCGCAAAUAUACUGACCAUUCCCCAGCUCUCCAAAACCGGUACAAGAAGUCCAUGGAGGAGUACAUAAACGGCAUCCUGCAGCAGGUUGACUUCAGCUCCUUCGAUGCGUCUCUUGACGCCGAAUUGUACCUUCACUUCCGACGCAAGUCCGUCGGGUUGCGUCCCUGUCAUGCCCUUCUCGAAUAUGCAUGCGGGAUACAAAUACCAGACCACGUAAUGGCACACCCAGCUAUCCAAGAAUGUAUGGCGGUUUCGAUUGAUCUUGUCUUGCUCCAAAACGACAUCUUGUCCUACAAGAAAGAACAAGCUUCAAAUGUCAUCCACAACCUCAUUCACAUCUACAGGAACCAAGGCAUGACAGCUCAAGAAGCCUUUGACCAGGCCGGCAACCUAGUCGUGAGGGCAAUCAGGCGGUGGCACCUCGCCCAGCUCGAUCUGCCGAUCUGGGGAGAGCAUAUAGACAAGGAGGUACAGCGCUAUCUUCAAGGAUUUCUGGACUCUUGCGUCGGGAGUCUCAACUGGAGCUUCAUUACGGGACGAUACUUUGGAGAUCAAGGUGACGAAAUACGCAAGACACGGGUGCUUGAUCUCAAGAUGUGA